AUGUUUAAGAAGUUCCUCAUUGUUGCCCUUUGUGGACUGGCUCUUGCUCAAGCUGUAGUUAUUCGUAAACCUGAGCAUCUCUCUGGACAAGCUCUUGUUGAUUAUGUAAAUCAACAUCAGAGCCAUUUCAAGACCAAACUCUCCACCAGAUUCUCUGGAAUGGACAAAGGAGUCAAAGGGCACAUCAUGGGAGCCUUGAUGAUCGAGGUCCCAGCCGAAGACCGCAAGAAUGAGGUUAAUCACGAUGACAUCGAAGAUGCUACCAUCCCAGACAGCUUCGAUUCUCGUACUCAGUGGCCAAACUGCCCAUCCAUCAACAACAUCCGUGAUCAAUCUUCUUGCGGAUCCUGCUGGGCUUUCGGAGCUGCUGAAGCUAUCAGCGAUCGUAUUUGCAUUGCCUCUGCUGGAAAAACCCAAGUUACCAUCUCUGCUGACGAUAUUCUUUCCUGCUGUGGACGUAUUUGCGGAAAUGGAUGCCAAGGAGGAUACCCAAUUGAAGCUUGGAAGCACUACGUUAAGGCUGGAGUUGUCAGUGGAGGAGCAUAUGGAAGCAAUGUUGGUUGCAAGCCAUAUCCAUUCCCACCAUGUGAACAUCACGAUAAUGCCACUCGCUACAAGCCAUGCCCAUCUGACCUCUACCCAACUGACCAAUGCAGUCACUCCUGUGAAAGCGGAUACAGUAUCACCUAUGAUAACGACAAACACUUCGGAAAGUCUGCUUAUGCUGUUUCUCACAAGGUUACUGACAUUCAAAAGGAAAUUCUUACCCACGGACCAGUUGAAGUUUCUUUCACCGUCUUCGAAGAUUUCGAACACUAUUCCUCUGGUAUCUACGUUCAUACCGCUGGUGCUAAGCUUGGAGGACAUGCCGUCAAGAUGAUCGGAUGGGGUGUUGAAAAUGGAACUCCAUACUGGAUCUGCGUCAACUCAUGGAACUCUGACUGGGGAGAGAAAGGAUUAUUCCGUAUCAUCAGAGGAGUCGAUGAGUGUGGAAUCGAAAUGGGUGUUGUCGGAGGAAUUCCAAAAGUCUAA